CACACACACACACAGCCGUCCUGUUUCUUUGUCUUAUCUGGUCGGAUCAUGGACGCCCGGCUGCUCUGCAGCACUCUGACCCUGCUGCUGUCCGUCACACGAGCCCUCAGCUCUGCAGAAGACGGCUGGUUUGUGAAGGUUCAGCCGGAGGUACGAGGCAUCGAGGGCUACCCGGUGGUGCUGCCGUGCACCUUCGGCCAUCCGCAGCACUCCCAGCAUUCCUCCCUGCAGGUCGUGUGGCGUCUGGGCCACGGGCAGGGAGCCACCGUCCUGUACCGCUGCACCAGCCGGUCCGGAGCCCCCACCUGUGAGCCGGGGCCGAAGCAGGACCAGCGCUAUCGGCUGGAGGGAAACCCGCGGGAGCACGACCUGUCGCUGCGCAUCAGUAACACCAUCCUGCAGGAUAAUGGACGCUACUACUGCCGAGUGGAGGUUCAAGGACGAGAACACAUCAGCUUCGAGGACAAGAUGGGGACCAGACUGAGAGUGGAAGCUCCUCCAAAGAUCCUGGGCCUGUCGGUGGAGGGCACUGAGCAGUCCGGGUACAGAGCGCUGUGUCGGGUCCAGGGCUCCCCGCUGCCGGACGUCCAGUGGCUCGGCCCGGACGACCUGCUGGAGGGCUCUCUGCUCAGGCCGCUGGCUCAGGGCUCCACCGGCCACUACCACACCGUCAGCCAGCUGAGAGACGUGGAGUCAGGCCAACAGUACACCUGCAGCGCCUCCAACCCACUGGGUAAAGAGCAGGCCACCCUGUAUGUCCUGCCCCCCCAGCCCCCUCUCUCUCUUGCCGGGGCUUCACCUCCUCUCCUGCUCCUCCUGUCAGUGUCUCUGGGGGCAAAAGUCCUCCUGCUGGUGGGGAUGGGGGUGUGGAUGGUGCAGGGCGGAGCUCUGCAGGGGCUCAGCUGCUGGAGGAAAUGACUGAUGCCAGUCAUAUAAUCAUGGUAAAAAUAUAUGUAAUCAUUGAGUUAGAACAGUAUGAUCUAGAAGCUGAUCAAACAUAAACAUGUCUUCAUGCUGAUGAGACAAAUGCAUGCCUCGCUGCUGAGGUCAUAAACGUAAAAAGAUCUGUGUAUGAUUCCUGCUUCGAGCUGAUUGGGUGAACAUGACGCUGAGGAGUUCUCAGCUUCACAUCAUCACGGAUCAUAAGCGCCUCACAGAUCUGUGCCAUGGAGCAAAAAUGGGUGUGCCUCAAAAAGUGGCGGCUGAGAGACUUAUUUGCUCAUCAUUAGCCACAUUUGAUGUGCAUUUACUGAAAGUUUCUUUAUUUAAGCAAUAAAACCCACUAGAAUUAAGUAGAA